AUGACCACAUUAGCCAACUUUACACAGACACUGGAGGAUGUCUUCAAGAAGAUUUUUAUUACUUACAUGGACACCUGGAGGAAGAACAUGACGGCCGAGGAACAGGCGCUCCAGGCCAAGGUGGACGCCGAGAACUUCUACUACGUCAUCCUGUACCUCAUGGUGAUGAUCGGCAUGUUCUCCUUCAUUGUGGUGGCCAUCCUGGUGAGCACGGUGAAGUCCAAGCGGCGGGAGCACUCACAGGACCCCUACCACCAGUACAUAGUGGAGGAUUGGCAGGAGAAGUAUAAAAGUCAGAUCCUGCAUCUGGAGGACUCCAAGGCCACCAUCCACGAGAACAUGGGGGCAACGGGGUUGACGGUGUCGCCCUGAUCAAUACCAAGGGGACAUCUGGCUGUGGAGGGGUGCUUCUGCCACCUAGCGAGUCCGACUUGUCCUUGUUCCCAAGAAAGCUAGGUCCUCUCUGUGCUGAAAACUUUCAGGGUGAUGGCCUGCCUGGCCAACUGACCCGGGUGACAUUUCUAUCUCCGUGGUUUACAUGAGCCCACUGGGGAGACACUGUGUGUUGGAGAUCUCGUCUUUACUUGCCAUGCUAU